AUGAUUCCUGAUGGGCCGAGUCGCGACUGGAUGUACCUGGACGGCUCUAAAUACAAUCAGUCCAUUAUCUCCUGUGUCCGAACCGUUCGAUCACAUGGCUUGAUUAUUUUACGACCGAUGGCCUUGAGGGUGUGCCUCACAUGCAUCACGAUUCUGGACGACGUCGACUGUGAAGCGUCUCCACGCAACCAGAUGCCCGUCCGAUUCAUCUGCGAACGAAGUGGUGUCCGUCACAAGGAACAACAACUAUCGAAAAACUUCAUUUGGGGAAAACUGGAACAACUUCUUGAAUUCUUCGGAUUCGGCAACGGCACACAGCCAAAGAAGGCCAACGGCACAAGUAUCGUCGAAGACGAUUAUGUCGACGAGGUCAGUAAGCUGAACAUCACUUCCACUGAGCGUGAAAUGUUGAAAAAGAUCAGAUUAUUCGAGACGUCAAGCGAAGAGGAGCGCGAGGUGCUGUCGGCGCUAAGAAAUCUGAACAAUCCUGGAUCCACAAAUGGUCCGGAGACUUCUAGUACUAGUGAAGUGACUUCUCCAGAUGCCCUGCAAGAAGUUCGACCGCAGACAAGCACGGAAAUCGAAUCUACCGCAGAUACAACACCAGAAGAGAGUACAACUCAAAGCCCGACUACCGAGGAAAGCAGGCCGACAGCAGAGGAAAUCAAUGCUGAAUCGUCGACGGUCAGGGAGAGUACCGCUGAGACGUCGGGAGAAAAGACUAGUGAAUUGUCUACAACUGAGGAGAACACGACUGAGCGGAAAGCGAGACUGAUCUACCAGCAGCAGAGAAAACGAAAGAAAGCCGUUCCGGCUCGAGCGCUUGCAGUCCCACUUCGAGAGAUCACUGAGAGGGAAGGCAACGGAGCAGCUGUAGACAAGAGCCAAAUAGAGAAGGAUUCUUCAAAGCACCAACAUGAAAUUGACCCGGAAAAAUUAGAAAAGAUUAUCAACACUAUGGAGAAAAUGGUCGCAAACCUUGAGAAUAUUUCGAUUAUCGAGAAACGUCCAGAAACCAAGUCGGAAACCGGGAAGGAACUGGUUCAGGCGGAGGUAGAGAUACGAAAGAAAGAAGCGGCCAAGGAGGAUGCACAAAAAAGCGAGACGAGGAAGAAAGUCAAAGCAAACGAUGGCCUUGUUUCUAUAUCAAAGCCUGAUAAGGAAGAUGGAGCGGGGCAAGCUGAUAUGGAAAAGGAUUUCGACGAGAAACUAAACAAGAAAAUGCCAACAACGGACAUCAAGCCCCCAGUUGAUGAGGAUUGCGAAGAAGGGGGGAGCGGAGAGAAACCGACGACUCAGACCCCGCCAGAGGAAGUGGUGAAGAAUGCCAUCGACACGGAAGACGUGGACGACCUCAGCCAGAAGCCGAAGAUUCCUGUUGAAAGGGAAGAGCACAUACAGGAUUUCCUCCGGACUCUGCGCACUUUCCUCAGUCGUGCCGAACACAGUGACUUG